GUGCCACCACUAUUAUUAGGAGUUGGCCAGGAAACAAGUAAAUAAAAUAGAAUACUAGAAUUUACACCAUCUACCGCUGUACCAGUUUGUGCCACGCUGCCCAUCGGGUGAGAUGAAGUCAAUGAAAAAAACUACCGAACGACAACCGACUGAACGUGUCCAUCCUAGCAUGGAGCCUAUAGUCAGGGACGGUAAAAUCCGGGAGCAGAUCGAACUGGAGAAUAAAGUCCGCCGAGAGUACCAGAAAAAGUGGGGUUUCAUGACCCGUCCGGAAGCGACCGACUAUUUGAACCUGAAGAAAAACAAUCAACGAGUGAAGGAGCUGUACCAGUCUCAACAGCAGAAGAUCAAUAUGCAUGAAUAUAACGGUCACGGAGAAUCAUUCUUUGUAUCGAACCAGAUGUUCAAGAGUUUGUUGGACACGUGCCGUUGCGGGAGGAAGAAGGUGACCAAUAUGCAUGCUCUAAAGUGUUUGGAAAAACCAAAAAGUACCUAUGAGAAGACGGACGACGAGAAUGAGGAAAGUGAGCAGCUGUUUAAGCAGAAGGAUGCUAGCAACGAUAAGAAUAACAGUUAUAUUCCUAAGGUGCCAACGUUGAGUUCAGGAAUGUACGGCUGGCCCAAGAACCGGUUUGUCGCAAUGGAAAGAACAACCUACUAUAUAUCGCCACGCUAUACCAUGCCCGGUCACCCUAUAGUUGAUUGUCAACCGUACAGCAAUAUAAUACUUGGAUAAUUUUCCUCAUAUUUUCAUCUAUGUAGAGUUUUAAUCAAAUAUAACAUUUGCAACGACAAUUUAUUUCUCUCAUCCACUUAAUUGAAAAAAAUCAAAAUCGAAAU